AUGUCUAGGAUCAGGUACCUGCUUUUGCUGUCGAAGCAAGGGAAGAUACGGUUAAUUAGAUGGUAUCAUCCUUACGACCAGAAGGAGAAGUCUCUGAUAAUUAGGGAAGUGACAGCAACAACAUUGUCAAGAAAGCCCAAAAUGUGUAAUAUUCUGGAAUAUCAAGAUCAUAAGAUUGUUUACAAGAGAUAUGCUAGUUUGUUUUUCAUUUGCGGCAUCACUCCAGAAGAAGAUAACGAACUGUUGACGCUAGAAAUAAUACACAGAUUUGUUGAGACAAUGGAUAGGUAUUUUGGAAAUGUAUGUGAACUGGAUAUCAUAUUCAACUUCACUGUAGCGUAUCAUAUUUUAGACGAGAUGAUCAUGUGUGAUGGUUCAUUUGCGGAAUCGAGCAAGGCAGAUAUCCUGCGGAAUAUGGCAACAAUGGAUUCUAUAGAGUCUCACGAUAACUUGGAUAGAGUUCUAAGCUGA